AUGGUGUACAACCCGCCGGUGGAGCGUGGAGAGGAUGGCGAGCCCAUCAAGGAUGGAGGAGUCGCUCUCACGCACCCCGUUAACCCGAUGCGCCGCGGCGCGUACGUCGAGCAGGCGACGAGGGCGACGGGGUGGGCCGUCAUGUAUAUCCUGGGCUGGCUCCUGAUGAGGCUCUCGUGCUACGCCGGGCUGCCCGGGGACUGCAACCUCCCGGACGAGCCACUUGAAGUCCUGACGGUGCUGCUGGUCUUGCUGGUGUUCUCCUUGGCACAGGCGUGGUUCUGCGAGAUCAUGGAGGAGAGAAGGUUCCGAGAUCUGGCUUCCAAGGUCUACUUCCCCCUCUUGAUGGUCGGAGCGGCCCUUGCGCUGUCGGGGCUCUCGCGAGCAGAGUCCCUCCGCAACUCCCUGCAGGAGGAGAGGAGAGACCUGACAACCUUCCAGGUGGCGAUCUUCAUUAUCCUCCUCAUCCUCACGGUGGUCGUCUUGCUGCUGCACUUCGCAGAGGCUUGGAAGGUCCUCCCGGGCGCUCACCUCAUCUCCGGCGUCGGGGUGCCCCGUGUGGAGGUGCGGGAGGACCUCCUGUCGAUCUACGUGGCCUCGCGGAUGCUGAUCCUGGCGUACUUCAUCCUGUACGCGGCCUUCUCCGUGGCGAGGGACGACGGCUGGGGCUACCAGCUCUACCUCCUCGCAUGGGUGCUCUCCCUCUUCGCGCAGUUCAAGUCGUUCAUCAGCGUCUUCUGGCUGGCGGUCACGACGGGCGUGUUUUUGCAGGGCAUCGGGAAUCAAUCUUCGUCGAACGAACGAAAUGACGCGGCGGAAUAGUACUGGCCGGCCUUGACGCCAUUCCGAUGUGUGUGUGCGGAGGGCUCGGCGAUCGGGAUGGGCGGGGGGGGGACGAGGGGGGGGGUGUUCCUCGUGUUGCCGCUGUUCGUAAAAAUUAGAUUUUUUUUUUCAUGCGCGGCGGUGCGGGGGGCGAGCGAAGUAUGAUCCGCUUGCUGUGGGUUAUGUGCCGGUCUCGUCUCGGCGUACAAUAACAACGUGGGAACGUGGUGUUUCAGGCCGUUGGUUGCGGUGGUGGCGAAUGAACUCAUUAUUAUUCACGCACGUAUGAUGAUGCGCAUGCAAGGUUUGUCCUGUCCUUUUCACGUCUUGCGAUGAGGGCAGAAUUUUCGUAAAUACAACAGCUGGCCGGCCCCUCUGCACUUGCUUCCAUGUUACGCGAGUUGGUUGCUUUCCUUCUUGGCUGCUAAGUACUCUUGACGGCUGACAGACAGACGGCCGACAGAUAAAAAUCGUCUUUCGGUAUUCGACUUUGAAAUAAUUGUCGUUUCUACAUGACAUGUGCCUCACACGGAUUUCAGUGUUUGAUGUUCAUUCAUGGUACAAAAGGUAGGCCAAGUCAUGCGUGGCGUGCGUUACGGCCGCCGCAUGCCGCAUGCGGUGGCCGUUCGCUACGUCACACGCUCAAUAAAUAAUCAACAGAGAUAUA